AUGACUCUAGCACCACCACCAGACCGCAGAUGCAUCGUGAUAUCGGGACCAUCAGGCGUUGGAAAGGGAACAUUAAUCCAAAAACUAUUCGACGCGCACCCAGACACCUUCGCACUAAGUGUCUCCCACACAACGCGCCAGCCUCGUCCCGGCGAGCGCGAAGGUAUAAACUACUUCUACAUCUCUACCGCCGAGUUCUCCACCCUCGUCUCCCAGGGCGCAUUUGUAGAAUAUACAUGUUUUAGCGGCAAUUACUACGGCACCAGCAAGCAGACAAUUGCCGACCAGAUGGCGAAGGGAUUGGUUGUUGUCCUGGAUAUCGAGAUGGAUGGUGUCAAACAGAUACAAGAGAAUCGCGCUAUUGAUGCGCGGUAUGUUUUUGUCCAGCCGCCCGGUUUAGAAGCCCUUGAGGCGCGUCUGAGGAGUCGCGGGACGGAGAAUGAAGAACAGGUUCAGAGAAGAUUGGCGCAGGCUAAGGCUGAGAUGCAGUUUGCGCAGCAGGGUGUGCAUGAUAAGAUCAUUGUUAAUGAUGAUCUUGAGAAGGCGUAUCAGGAGCUGGAGGAGUUUGUAUAUCGGCCCGCGUCGUAG